UCAUUCGCUCAGCGGCAGCCAUUUUAACUUUUGGCGUCGAAAAUACGGCGAGGAAAUCUGAGGAAGCCGGAGAUUCUGUUGGUCUGUGUGAUUUUUUCGCAUCCAGCGCAAGCAGUGUGUAGUGCUCGAGGGCCCGUGGUUACCAGUGAGUGUGUGAGGAAGUUGAGAAGUUGAGUUUAAGAAGCGGAGUCGGAUUUGCGGAUUAGUAGUCUAACCAAAACCGAAGCAAAGAUGUCGAUGUCUGCCACGUGCUACAAGUGCAACCGGCCGGGCCACUUUGCCCGGGACUGCAGUCUCGGCGGCGGCGGAGGUCCGGGCGGCGUUGGAGGAGGCGGUGGUGGCGGCGGCGGCGGUAUGCGCGGCAACGAUGGCGGCGGCAUGCGUCGCAACCGCGAGAAGUGCUACAAAUGCAACCAAUUCGGGCACUUCGCACGUGCCUGCCCCGAGGAGGCCGAGCGCUGCUACCGCUGCAACGGCAUCGGGCACAUCUCGAAGGACUGCACCCAGGCGGACAACCCGACCUGCUACCGGUGCAACAAGACCGGACACUGGGUGCGCAACUGCCCGGAGGCCGUCAACGAACGUGGACCGACCAAUGUGUCGUGCUACAAGUGCAACCGCGCCGGACACAUCUCCAAGAACUGCCCGGAGACUUUGAAGACUUGCUACGGCUGCGGCAAGAGCGGACAUCUGAGGCGCGAGUGCGACGAGAAGGGCGGACGGAACUAGGCGCCACCACCCACCCGUGGCACCUCACAAAUGUAAUCAUCGAAGGAGGAAUAUGAGUAAUAAUUCAACACACGAAGAACAACCAGAAGAAGAUGAGAAAGAAAAAAAAAUUAAAAAAACGAAAAAUCAAUUUGCUACAACAUUCACAAAGCCAGCCAACAGCAACAACAUCUAGAAGCGAUAGCAGCAGCACCCAAGUCAAGAUCAACCCCUUCAAAAUAAAGAACCCACAACCACAUCCACAUCCCUCCAUUAACACAUGCAGCAUAUGAAUCCAUAAUCCUGAACAUCAUCCAGUAACCAUCGCUGAUUCCAAAAGCCGAGCCUGCAGCGCGGUGCCAACGUCCCGAGAACUGAAAAAAGACAAGAAGUAUUGGCUUUCCGAGGGAAAGCCGCCAGAAGAGGAAUCACGGAGGAAGAGGGCAAAGGAACCUCGAGCAGGGGUCGGAGGAGCAGAACCAGAAGACGAUAGCCAACGGCAGCUGUGCAGCCGAGAGAGCAGAUGACACCGACGACGGGGAAGAGGAUGAGGUAGAAGAUGAGGAAGAAGACACGACGACCCAAUUUGUAAGAUGAGACUAAACCACAACAGCAACAACAAAAGAAUUCACCAAGCAAACCACUUUACUAUAAUUAUACCUAUAUGAUUAUGAUUAUGCUGCAAGUGUUUGAAUUUACUAAUUACAUUAUAACGAAUGGAAUGAAACUAUAUAAGAUUAUAUAAAGAAAAAUACCUUAAAGAAUACUAUUUAAAGCAAAUGAUCCUAUUAGGAGUUCCACAGCCAGAAACAACCGAAAGAAAAACGUAAAUAAAAAUUAUAAAAACCAAUGAAAAAGCGAAGAAUCAGGCGGCUAGAAGAUCAGGCCACGUUACCACUCGACUCCACUCAACUCCACUCCAUCCAGCUGCUGCCGGCGAGCCUUGGGAAUUAUCCAGGAUCUAAGACUGCCCAUCCAGUAACCAGUAUCCCACCCCUAUACCAUCAACUCCAUCCACAUCCAUACCAUACCACACACCCAUCAGCCAAGACGCCCGGCAAGAUCUCUCAAGCGGGGUAGCAUGCUAUGUAGCUCAUAGCUGUGGAGCCAAAGGGGGCAGCAAACAAGAACAGAGAAGCAGACAAAUAACAAGAAGAGAACAUCAACAAUGGUAGACAUACACGACGACUUUGAAAACGGAACGCAACGCAACGCUGGAGAGGAUGAGCUAAGCGGUUAAAGAAGCAGACAAGCCAGCGGCACUCAGAACACUCAGUGGGCAGAUGAAGAAGACAACGGCACACACACACCUUCAGUUCAGUUCAGUUGGACGGACGGGACACAAAAGAUGCGAGACCGAAACCUACGUACGAUGAAGGAAAUGAAAAUUCAAAUAUCACUGUGAUUGUUUUUUAAUUGUAAAUUAAAAUGCUGGAGCUGCUGAUUUGAGACAAAAAAAAAUAA